AUUGGCACUCCAACAAUGUUCACAUUGUGUCUAAGGAAGAAGUUAUCCCGAAACGCUAGCUGCUGCUGGUGGAUAGUCACAGGGAGACUGCAGGAAUGCUAACUUGGCCGCAGUAGCGACCGACGACUUGUCCAACCACUGAUCCGGCUGAGAGGAGAAGCCCUGGGGGCUCCCAGCGUCGCGGAGCGUUCCUUUACACGCGUGGGGAGAGCAGGACGACGCGGCGGACCUUUAAUCGCUGGCAUCAGCUGCUGCGGAAGCUCGGAGAGAAUCGUCAGAGUCCGUCAUGUCUGCGGCCGGAGACUUCGGAAACCCUUUAAGAAAAUUUAAGCUGGUCUUUCUGGGCGAGCAGAGUGUGGGAAAGACGUCGUUGAUCACCAGGUUCAUGUACGACAGCUUUGACAACACGUACCAAGCCACAAUAGGAAUAGACUUCCUGUCCAAAACCAUGUACCUUGAAGACAGAACAAUCAGGUUACAGCUGUGGGACACGGCGGGACAGGAGCGAUUUCGCAGCCUGAUCCCGAGCUACAUCAGAGACUCAGCCGCCGCCGUCGUCGUGUACGACAUUACAAACGUCAACUCCUUCCAGCAAACUACAAAGUGGAUUGAUGAUGUCAGGACAGAGAGAGGAAGUGAUGUCAUUAUCAUGUUGGUGGGAAACAAGACAGACCUUGCAGAUAAAAGGCAAGUAUCUAUUGAAGAGGGUGAACGGAAAGCCAAAGAACUAAAUGUAAUGUUUAUUGAGACUAGUGCGAAAGCAGGCUACAACGUGAAGCAGCUUUUCCGUCGAGUGGCAGCCGCCCUGCCUGGCAUGGAUACCACGCAGGACAAGAAUAAAGAGGACAUGAUUAACAUACAGUUGGAGAAGCCGCCUGAGCAGCCUGCCAGCGAAGGAGGCUGUUCCUGCUAGGGUUUCCAGCUGUGCUGCAGACGUUUUCUGGAAGCCGGUCGUUCUGUAUAUGCUCCCUUCACUACACCCCUCUCUCUUCCUGACUAAGAACACUACACCCGUCAUCCUUGGCCGUUGUGACACCCUGCUCUUUCGUCCAGACGUCCUGAAAGCCGCAUAUCACUAAAACCGAACACCGCACGGCGACUGACACAUGUGCUGAAACCACGGACACGCCUGGAGCUCAUCCUUACACAGAGCACCCGUUUUCAGUCAUUUCAGAAGAAUAUAUCGCUGCAAGUGUUGUCUGUCAUAUUGGUGUUAUUCUUGACUUUUUUUUCUAAACCAAACAGACAACAAAUGUCUGCUGUAAGUCUUCUAUCCAGGCUUGUUUUUAAGAGGGAGAAUAUUCUUUUAACAGAUGAACAUUGCUUUAAGCCUAGUAAACUGUGUGAAUGUUUGUGCGCAUUUGUCACUUAACAUAAUUUAUGCUGUGGAAACACAUUGGCGAGAAUUUUGUAAUCAUUAGUGCUGAAAAAGCUUUUUUUUUUUUUAAUACCUGUUUGGAAAACCGGGAGUUUAUGUUGAAGGAUGUCGAGUUUAAUCAUUAUCAUUUUGGUUUUUCUAUAGUAAAACAAUCUGUACAACUGAUGCAGCUAAAAUAGGGAGCCUCCUAAAAGUCAGCUAAGACCUUAUAAAUACUACGUUGCCUCUACUUUCAGAGGCAACUCACCUUUUCUAAGCACAUAAGAGGAAAACGCAUAAGAAUCACACUACAUGAUUAUAGUGCAGUAUAAACGUACAACAAAAAUGUCUGCCCUGUUCACUGUCCUGUACCUGCACAUGUCCUCCCAGUUCCUUCUUUUAUAUCAACCCUUUUUCACUUAAGAGUACAGCUAAAGUCUCAGCAAACUUUUCUUUUUGUUUUGUUUGAUUGGAGUUUUAGAGGAUUUACACUUAAAAACCCAACAAAACCCCCAUGGAUGGUGGAAGAAUUUGCCUUUUUAGGGUAAAAAUCAUAGAGGGCUUCCUUGGCAUCAGCUUUAUGUAGUCAGGUUUGGUAUGAUCUUGUCUGAAUGCUUUCAAAAUGUUGUUUUUUUUUUUUUGCUUUCUACUUUUUGGCUUUGAUCUUUUGUCAGUGAUUUAUCAACAUGUGUAUUUAAUCUACAAUGACUUGAAAUAUUUAUUUCUGUUGGAUUCAUACUUUUUUUUUUUUUUUUUUAAAGGCUGGUAAUAUUUUCCCUUGUGGUAACGAGUCCUGAAUUGCUACUAAGAUAUGCAUUGUACCAGAACAGCUUUCCCAGAAUCUGUGAGAGAGUCUGCCGUUUGUCUGUCACCUCUGGGUGGGAGUUAAAUCACACUGAUGAUAUUGUGCAAUUCUUGUAAGAAUUUAUGCAGGAGAGUCCAAUAUGUAUAGCAUAGUUGUUAACAUUUUUGUCCGGAAUGGUUUUAAAUGAAAGAAUAAAUUUACACUUCUCACAA